UAACGUUCGCCAAUAAUCAGUCGCGCUUCAACCGAUGUAUCGGACUGGUGGGUCGACUUUCUACGCAUGUCCGGCUCGGCACGACUCGUCUAAACCCGUGUAGAAAGUGGAUUGUUUUGUUUUUAAAAAAAUUGUCGUAAUUAUUGGAUAUUGCCGUUAGCUAAUAAAAAAUGACCGUUACAAUAUCAUCAAAACUAGAAAUGGUGUCAGGAGAACCGUCCGGCAACGAAACCUGCUGUACGAACUACGAUGAAAGCUCCAAGGACACAUCCCAUAUUCACGACCACACUGAUUCCUUACUAGAAGAUUUAACCCAAACAGAAAAAUAUGAUGAUGCAGAAGAAAUGGAGAUGUGUGAAGAAAUGUAUUAUCACGAAGCCAGACAGCUUUUAACAUAUGACGAGGCACCUGAGUACAUGAAACACAAUUCGUUUAUUAGAACUGGUUACAGAGGACUCCUCACUACGGAAUUAUGUAAAGAAAGUGUGUUCUGGUGGACGAACGAAACAAUAAACAUUUGGUCCCAUAUAUUUGGUUUUAUAUUGUUCAUAAGCUUGACUGUGUAUGACUUAAUGAUACUUAAAAUAGAAGCCCCACUUAGUGAUAAAAUACUUGUUGGUGUAAUCCUAAUGUUUUUUCAAGCGUGCAUGGCGUUAUCUGCCAUAUACCACACCUUCUGCUGCCGAUCAGAAGAAGACUGUUUGUAUUUCUUGUCGUAUGAUUUGUUUGGCAUCGCACUCUCUUUAUAUGGAAUUUACGUUUCGGGAAUCUAUUAUGCUUUUUGGUGCGACCAGUUCUUGCAGAACUUCUAUCUUAUAACCGUCACAGUAAUAUUUGUAAUAGCAAUGGUUCUACAAAUCCCCAGUUUAAAAAUCAACGAUAACAUCAAAAUACUCACUUUCGUAUCGUGGGCUGCCUAUGGGGUGGUACCGACAUUCCAUUGGGGCACCAAUAUGGGUUGGUUUGAGAGUCCUGUCGUUACGUUAUUGCUGCCAAGGGUGUUUGGCAUGUAUGCCAUAAGCGGUACUGCAUUCCUCAUCUACAUGACGAAAAUCCCAGAACGGUGGGCAGCAGGAAAAUUCGACUUUGUUGGACAUUCUCAUCAGUGGUGGCAUUUUUUCGUAGUGGGAGCUCUGUAUUACUGGCAUAACACAGGGAUGAUGUAUGUGGAUUAUCGGUUGAACCACGCGUGUGCCAAUAGUAUGAGGCUAUUAUAAUAGUUUAAUUUUUUUUUAAUUGUUUUAUAUAUAUAUGUUUGUAUUUAUUUUGUAAGAAAUACAUGUUUUUUUUUUGGAAUAUAAGGUUUGGUUGAAGCUGUUUGCUGCA